UAAUGAGCGGCAUGCUAAUUUCUUCACUCAUCAUGGCGACGGGAGAGACGCUACUCCACAGUACCUCCGUGCCAACAUUGUUGUGAUCCCCGCGCCAGCCAUGUGGAGUAGAAAUUAGACAAACCUACCACAGAAAGACUUAGAACUACACAACUACAGGUCAGGCCACUGCUGGUUGCCCAGCAACUGUAGCCUAGCAACUGAUGAUGUCAUGCAGGAGAUCACCAAUCACAGCCUCCCUCCUCUUCCUCUCCAUCCUCUUCUGUAACUAUGCAACUUCAACACUGGUGUUUACCCGUGAGCCGUCCAGUCGUACCGUAGUGGUGGGGCGCCCAUUUGUGUGGGACUGUACAGCCGAGGACACAGAGAACAGUGGAGCAGCCGUGGACAUCAGGUGGAAACUGGGAGAUGUUUUCCUUGACGACAACCAUCCCAGAAUCCAUCGCCUUGGCAACGGCUCGCUGUACUUCUCUCCUGUCCAAUCAGAAGACCUCGCUAGCUACAGCUGCGUGGUGUCUCUCCGCAGCAGGACUAACUCCUCUGUGGAGAGCAGAAUCGCCUUCCUCAGGAUAGCCUUUAUUGACCCUAUAGAGCGCCCCCCAGUGUCCCAGAACGUUACUGCAGGAGUGACGGUUUACCUGACGUGUAUCUCCGGACCCAGUCUGCCCCUUGCCACGCUGCACUGGGAGAAGGAUGGGACCAACUUCACAGGAGGGCAGGCCUACGAGACACAGGGAUUCGGGGGAAACAGAACUUCAGGGACAUUACAGAUAGAUGAUGUAGAUGGCAGACAUGCAGGACAGUACGUGUGUGUGGCAGUCAACCCCAUGUUACCUCAGGCACCGGAGAGGAGUCUCCCUGCUACACUGGUGGUAGAGGCAAUCCCCAUCCCCACCAAUGAAACUGCAGCCCCUGCCGUGAUCCUAGAGGGCCCUACUAACACCACAGUGACGGUCGGCACCACAGCAGUUUUGCAGUGUUCAGCAGCAGGGACUGGCCCACUAGAGCUGCAGUGGUUUAAGGAUGGAGUGCUGGUCAGCAAUGAUACAUCUAUACAGAGAUUUAUCCUAUCAGAUGGCAGCCUGAUGUUCCACAGUGUACAGACGUCUGACGCCGGCAGCUACUACUGUACAGUACAGAACCCGUACGGCAAUUCUACUAGUGACACGGCUCAUCUGUCUAUAGCUUACAUAGACUCGACCUUCCUCCAGCACCCCUCCAGUCGGACUGCCAUCGAGCUGACCCCCGUGACCCUGACCUGCCGACCACCCUCCAGUCACCCCCCUGCAGUCAUCACCUGGUACCAUGACAACCGCCUGGUUGCCGUGGACAACAGGGUGGUUGUCAUGACGACCGGUGACCUGCGGUUUGUGUAUGUGAUGGAAUCGGAUGCGGGGGAGUAUUUCUGUUCCGCCCAGAACACAGUCAUCGGGCGAUCUGUGGUCUCAAACAGAGCUCAGCUCACUGUUACAGUUCCGCCUGUGUUCAUCGUCCAUCCGGCGGACACGAGCGCUAACCUGUACGACACGGCUCAGCUGACUUGUCGUGCCCAGGGAUCGCCAGCUCCCACCAUCACGUGGUACAAGGACUCAGCACAACUCACUACCAGCAAUAGGAUCACAUUUAGCCAGGACAAUGAGCUGCUGACCAUCACCAAUGUCCAGCGGACUGACCAGGGAGCGUACUACUGCGAGGCCAGCAGCAGUCUGGGGACUGUCAGGAGCAAUGGGGGGACACUGGACGUCAACAUCCUGCCAGGUAUCAGUGUGGGGCCAGGUGACGGUACAGGUGAGAUCUACGUGCCGCGGGGGGACCACGCCCUGCUCAGGUGUGCAGCUGCAGGUGACCCCCAGCCCACACUCACCUGGUACAGGGACGGACAGCUGCUCAAUGUCACACCUGGAGACACACACUACAGGAUCACAUCAGAAGGGCUGGAGAUCCUAGGCGUAACGGAGGCAGAUGAGGGUUCAUACACAUGUAGGGCCGAGAGUUCAGCAGGGUUCACUGAGUCUACUGGGACUCUCUUGGUUCAAGUUCCUGCAGUGAUCACCACCCCUCCAGUUAACCAGACCGUCAGCGCCGGCCAGCCCGCCACCUUCCACUGCGUGGCGACCGGCACGCCCGUUCCCACGGUAACCUGGCUGUUCAACGGCGGCCCUUCCGGCACGCAGCAGCCCGAGAACGCGUACCUGCAGUUCCCGUCAGUCGGGCUACAGCACAUGGGGAGGUACACGUGUGUGGCGAGGAACCUGGCUGACAGACAAGAUGAAGCUGAUGCCUACCUUACUGUGCUUAUGUCCCCAGAGAUCACAUCCCUGUCAGGUCCCAGACUGGUGAAGCUAAGAGAAGACCUCCGGUUGGACUGCACCACUAUCGGCAGCCCCCCUCCCACCGUGUCCCCCGAGAUCACGUCCCUGACUGGCCCCAGACUGGUGAAGCUAAGGAAAGACCUCCGGUUGGACUGCACCACUAUCGGCAGCCCCCCUCUCACCGUUACCUGGUUCCUAACACUACCUCAUGUUUAUAUCUAA